CCAAUUUUGCUGAACUUCAGAGGUUGUAAUUCACUUGCAUCUCAUUUGUGCACAAAACUUCACUUGAUCCAGUAAAAUUAAUUAUUUAGGCCCUACUGUAUAAUGUUAAAGGUUAGACUGCAAUGCUAUAUGAGUACUGAAUGUUUCGAUAUUGUCACCAGAUAACAAAUUUACACUCUUCCGGAUCUAUGGAUGAGGAACAUGGUGUUCAGCAAGAGACCUUGGUAAUUUACAUCUCAAUUUAUUCAUGUACACAUUUUAUCCUCUUACAGGUGAAUGUAUAACUGCAACUUGUUUCUCAGGGAGAAGAUUGAACACACCUUUUCCAUCUAUCUUGACUAUUCAAGUGACUUCAAUACAAGCUGCACUGCAUGUUGACAUUGUUAAUCUUGCUGGUGCAUCAUGAGAGUCAGGGGACUUACUUCUAUGAUUGAGCAGCAUCCGUCAUUGUUGACAAGGCAUUGUCUACAUGAUGCACGUCUUGUCCUUGAUGGCAAUGCACUCAGGUACUUCUUGUACCAAGAUCGCCCUCCCUGUGAUAAUGGACAUCAUGGUGGCCGUUACCAGAUCUUUUCAGACAAGUGUCAGCUUUUCUUUCUCAAUCUUGCCGAGUGCAAUAUUUCUCCUUACCUUGUGUUUGACGGAGCCUUAGAGAUGGAUGACAAGAAGCUUGCAGAAACCAAGUCUAGGAGCCAGGAACGUAUCCAAACGGCUGUUGCUAUUCCUAGUGGUAGUGGUGGGAUAGCCGUUUCUCCUUGCAGUACAUUGGUGUUCAUGAAGGUGCUGGAUGAUCUUGGCAUUCCGUAUGUAUUUUGUGACUUUGAGGCAGAUGCUGAAACUGCAGCUCUGGCUAAUGCUUUGGACUGUGCAGCAGCUUCCGGUGACAGUGACUUCUACAUCAUGGACCUGAAAGAUGGAUACUUGCCACUGAACCACUUUGACUGGAAGAAUCCUAAAAUGAUUAAGGUGUCAGAAGCAGCAGCACCAUCGGGUCAGCUGUACAUUGAGUGUAAGAAGUACAAGAGUAGUGCCUUCUGCAAGAUGUUCCAUGUCAAGCAGGCAUUACUGCCCAUACUUGCAACUGCUGUUGGAAAUGAUUACAAAGACACCUUUGGAGCCUCUCUUGACCCAUUCCAAAGCUUUGUUCAUUCCAAGUUUUUUGUAAGGGUCUUCCUUACAAUUCAGGUGGAAGACUCUCGCCAGCCCAGCGCUGGGGGAGCAUCACUCAACAUCAGAGCCAUCUUGUACGGCAUCCUGCUACAGGAGCAAAAGUCAGCCUCUAGAAGGCCACCAGUUGUUGAGGAGUAUGCACAGUCAUCUGGGAGUCUGAAGCACAGUAUUGUCGAGCCAUCCUAUGACAUCGCUGGAGGUGAUGGGUGGAAGCUAGCUUUGCCCAGUCUACAGGAUAUCCCAGCUAUGUGUGAAACUGAUCGCAGAGCAAUUAUCCUUGCUGCAGCAGGGAUUGAUGGCUCAGUCAUUCGCAGCAUUCCAGCGUUGUUCCAACUUGCUACUUGUGUGACUUUAAACUUGCUCAGUCAUGCAGACCCAACUGUCUACUCUUACCAGAUAGUAUCCCUUCUUGUCAGCUGGUUACAUGGAGUUGCGGCAAGCAGGCAGAGAUACAUCAGCAAAGGCCAAGGCACUCCAGAGCUCCUUCAAGUGGGCCUGGAAAACUCAGAUGUGCAUGCCAUCCUCGCAAACUGUAAGCCACAUGAGAACAUAUACAAGGAGUCCCGACAGUUAGAUGUAGAGGUCAUCCAGGCGAUGGCACAGUGGCAAGAUGGCGUGCUUGGCUUAGUCAAUCUGAAUAAAGUUCUGCUCAGUCCAUUUGUGUAUCCUGAUAUGGCAGUCCUGUACAAUGGUCCUCUGAUACACAGUCUCUGCAUCAAUCUGAAGCCAAUGUCUUCAACAGUGCAACGACAGUGGGUGGUGAAAGAACUCUUGCGUGGCACCAAGCCAAGAAUUCGGGCAUUGCUUGAUCAGCUCCUUGAGCCCUCCUGGCCCUUUCUCAUGCCAAGGAAGAGGACCAAAAAGAGCAAGAAGUGUAAGAAGGCACCAUCCAGGCCAGGAACCUCAAGGCCAUCCAUGGACACCCCUACUGCGAGAGGUGCUGAAGGUGGUGCAGAGAGAGACACUGAGGAAGUAACUUAUGGUGUCCAGGUUUCCAGCAGGUUUGCUGCACUGGGACAGUAUUAGUGAGAUCCACUAGUUUGAUUACUUUGACCUGUAUGUCUUUGAUACUGUGCAUUCAGCUUAUAUACUUCAGUACACUACGGUGCACAUCCUUUUUUGUUCUAAUAGUGUUCAAUUAUUUUGAUCAAUAGAAGCACAAUGACAUACAUUUGUACAAUGUGACUGAUAUAUCCCAUCUUAAUGAAGAAAUCUGUUUUGUUUAUUUUAUAAUAUUUUAUAGUAGUUUCUUGAUGUUCAUAAGAAAUUGGUGUAUCUUUUGUGUCAAAAUAAUAUUUUUAAUUUGGAUAUAUGAUUGUUAAAGUAUUUUACACUUCCUUCAAAAAGGUAUUUGCCCUUCUGUAUUUACCCCUUUAUCAAUUUAAUUGCGAGUUUCUGUUAAGCUUUUGAUUGUUUGUUUUUCCCAGUACCAUUUUACUGGUUGUUUUUCAUAGAUACUGUUAAAGGGCAUCCAAUCUCAAUUGAGAAUCAAAUUAUAUAAAAUAGCUUCUUUCACCUCAUUUUGGAAAACAAAUGCAUGUUAACAGUUCAAAACCACACGUAAAUCUAAUUGCACUGCCUGGCUUGUGGGGAUAAAUAUUUUAUCCAAAAUUGAAACUUAACUUUAAACUUCACCUUAAACUUAUAAAAUGUGCACUGCAUGUCUUUGUAAAAGUUCCUAUAUUGUUCAUUUGAAAUAUCAGUUGGUGCAAAAUCUAUAUUUUUGGUGCUAUAGAGACAUUAAAAUACUUGACUCGUUAGAUUCUAGUACAGAUUUAAGAAAAAAUUGUUCAUGCUGUAUGCAGAUGUCUUUGAAAUUGACAUUUGUUUGGUGAACAACUUAACCCUAACCCCGCUAAAUCCAACAGAAUGCAACAUAUUGCAACAGUGGUAAAAAGUUGUUGCAAGUUGUUGCAUUUAGCAGCCAACUCAAGUCCCCAUGCUUUGUUGCAUCUUGUUGCAUUUAGCAGGGCAACUGCUCACAAGGCGAUACAAGAGUAUCCACUGUUGCAGUUUGUUGCAUUUAGCAUGGUUCUCAUUUGAGUUGAGUUGAGUGGAUAUUGUUGCAUUUAGCAGGGUACCUGAAGAAUACCCAAUGGGGGAGGGGGGUGUCAGAGUUAGGUGUUUCCAUACAAGAUAAGAGGUAGAUGGCAAAUAUAACACACUAUGUUUCAUAAUCAUUUGAUUAUCAAACCAAGUGUCUGUUUCAAGUUUUGAAGUUUGAUUUGGUUAAUUCUUCAGACAUUACUUCUUUUUUUUUCAUACUUUUGACUUAGUAUUUUGAAUGUGAGUUCAAAGGUUAUGGCGUUGGCAGGUUUAAUUGAGUGUUAAAUAUGCAACUUCAUAUAUAAUUAUGCACAAUUUUUAAAUCAACAUGGUUUAUUAAACUAAAUGAAAAUUACUUCAUGUGUAAAGUUAUUAAAUGUAUAUUAUAUAUCUUAAAAACUAUAUGAUACUGCACAUUUUAGCUCAGUGCAGCUUUAAAGUUUACAUUUAUGCAUCAUGAUUCUUUGUACAUUUCCAGGAUAACUGAAAUUGAGAAAUGUUUUAAAACUUCAAUAUCUAAUAAAAAAAAGUGAUUAAAAGAAACAAAUGCGUAU